UGCAACGCCAUUAAGAUUUAGAAAGGCGAUGCUUGUUUGAGAUAUAAUAGUUACUUGUCUGUCAUUAUUUAAAGGGGCAAAUAUUACGGAUUGUGUUUUGUGAAUAUAUUAAAUCUUUUAAUGUGAUCUGUCCAGUAUUUCAUAUACAAGUAGGGAAGUUCAGUAGAAGGAAACUCCAGACGUUUCUACUAAUAGGCCUAUAUUAACCAGGAGCCAAAGGUAUAAUCCAGUGGUACUAGUGUUAUCAGCCUGCAUUCAAGAUGUUUUGGAAAUUUAAUCAAUUUUCAUCACCUCAUAUAGAGACUCUAUUAAACAAAGAGGAUGUUACACUUCAUGAGCUUAUGGACGAGGAAGAUUUGCUGCAGGAGUGCAAAGUUCAAAACAAGAAAUUAAUCGACUACUUGGUUCGACCAGAUGUAAUGGAAGAAUUGGUGACUCUUACAACUGUUGAACCGUCUGGGGAAGUGGAUGAAAAAGUACGCUAUAAAUAUCCCAGCAUGGCGUGUGAACUCCUGACGUGCGAUGUUCCGGCUCUUAAUGAACGCCUGGCCGGUGAUGAAGCGUUGCUUGGAAAAUUAUACGCGUUCCUGGAAUCGGAGAAACCGCUUAAUCCACUUCUUGCGUCUUUCUUCAGUAAAACUAUUGGUGUUCUUGUAGCACGAAAGAGUGAACAGAACUGGUAUUCCUAUCAGUUCACUUGUUUUCAGGUUUUGGAGUUUUUAAAAUCUAAGAAGAACUGUAUCAGUUUGCUACUGAAGCACUUGGGCACGUCCGCCAUAAUGGAUUUAAUGUUGAAGCUCAUCACGCAUGUAGAAGGAGUGGAAAUGAAGCAAAAUAUUCUCAAUUGGUUGGAUAGUCAGCAAGUGGUACAGUGCCUCGUUGCGUUGCUCGACCCAGGAAUUGACCCUGAACGCCACUGUAAUGCUGCACAACUUCUCUGUGAUGUUAUUAAAAUGUCAAGAGAGAACCAGCUUACUUCUAUAGAGCGGACAGAUCCAGACCCGGUACUUAACACUCUCGAGGCGCCAGAAACUGUACAACAACUCAUGGAUCACAUUUUGGGGAAAGAGAAAUGUGAAUCUUCUAUAGUUGGUGGGAUCUCUGUAUUGUUAACUCUACUAGACUGCAGUAAACCAAGUGGUGUAAAUGGUGAUUCCAAUAAUACGUAUGGAGGCGGCAGUGUUCAAGGCGAAGAAGUAAGAGGAAAUGGAGAAAAUGAACAGCCUUCGAAGGUGGUUUUAAGUACAACAACGGCCAUUUUGCCACGUCUUAAAGAUUUUCACAAUCUGUUACUUGACCCUCCGCAUAAACCACCGGUGAAGACAACGGUCGGAUCUCUCGAUCCUCCCCUUGGGAACACGAGGCUGCAAGUAGCAAAAUUGUUUGCAGCGUUAGUUGCUACUAACAGUUUUGACGUAAAUAAAGAACUGGCCAGUUUAGGUACAACUGAAUUGUUACUGGACUUGUUUUUCAAAUACACUUGGAACAACUUUCUGCAUUCUCAAGUGGAACAGUGUAUAGCAUUUGCGCUUACUUCUGAAUUAAGCGUCUCUGUUGGAAAUGAGAAGAAUGUUUUAGUAAAUAAUAUUUUUCUAAAGUGCAAAUUAAUACAAAGGAUUUUAGAUGCGUGGGAUGAUAAUGAAGUUCAACAAGCCAAAACCGGUGGUCUCAGAAGAGGUUAUAUGGGGCAUCUAAUCAAGAUGGCAAAUACUGUAGCACAGCAGGCCGAAAAGGGUCCCCUAGGGACUUUCAUCAAAGAGCACGUAGCAGCAGAUAUUGUAGUUGCGUGGGAGGCAUUUGUUGCCAACACGCUGGCAGAAACUAAUAAGACGCAUCAGAUGUAUUUGGGUGGUCCUCCUCCUGUUCGUUUAAGUGCUGAAGACGAUGAUGCAGAUUACAGAAACAUUCCAUUCUCACAGGACCCAGGGUUACAGCAGGUGUUUUCUGAGUACCAGAUGCAACAAAUGGCCCCACAGUUCAUUGAAAAUUAUGGCUACCAUGAUGAUGAAUUCACGGAUGGUGAAGAUACAUUACACGCGUCUGUGGACCGGCUUACGAGCAUGACCUUUAGCCUUAGCGAAGAUGAACUUGACAGGCAAGCAGAGCUGUUCAAACAAGUCUGUGCCCAGAAGUUACAUACGCUGAAUGAUGGAGAGGAAGACAUUUGGGAUGAUCGAGAACAGGAGCUCACCUUUCAAACAGUCAUCGAUACAAGGACAAGGAACUGGCAAGAGGAGGAUGCCGCUGGAAAUAGUAGUUCAGACGAGGAGGAAAGAGCCGGUCCAGAGGGAAGGGAAGAUGUGCACAUGGAAGUGGAUUCCACAGAUCCGUGGGGAUCAGCCAAUAUUACAAGUGAAGGUGCAGUUGCUCCAAUAGCAGUAGAUUCUAGCAACCCAUGGAGUAACAGCUGUGAGCCCACUCCUGUUCUUGGACCCACAGCUCCUGAUGAAGGAGGCUGGGCAGAUUUUGAGUCUGCUGGGUUCGCUGAUUUUGAGGCAAACUUCGGAGCUGGCGGUGUUACAGACGUUGCUAGCAGCAAGAGUGCCAAUGAUUGUGAAAGUUGUCAUCCAGAAACCGCAAAGACGGACGUUGACGUAACAAAUUCUGCUGUGCUAGUUGAAUCUUCAGCCAAAAUAGCCGUUACCGAUUCAGGAAACGGAACCGAAAAGGGGCCUGCUGGCAGGCCUUUAUGCACUGACUGCAAACUUACUUCGGAACUUAAAACUCAAGAAAAAUAUAAGACAGAAGAAGAAUGCCCGGAUCCAGGGUCAGAUGACAAUGCAAAUCCUAAUGCUUCUGUAGGAAAAGACCACCAGCAGCAACAACUUAUAGAUAAUUAUAGGUUCCUCUCAGUGCAGGGUCUGAUGGCAGGCGGUAGUGGUCUAGCAGAAGAAAAUACGUCACCAGCGCAGAAGCUCGAGUCUGAUUCUGUUCCAAAAGAGAAUGGACCAGUACAAGAAAAGGCACACGACACGACUGAAGUGGUAGACAACAGUCAGUCGACGUCAAUAGCCAAACAAAAUGAGGCAUGUUCAAGUCAAACAGGUCUAGGUGCAACGCCAAAUGGCCCUGUUUGAAUUCUUAAGUUGAUAUCGAUAUUUAACAUCUGUGCUCAGGUAAGCCUUGGCUCUUACGGGACAUUAAAGGGCCUACACAACAGAGUGACGAUGGAUCAACAGAACAUUAUCAUUCAUUUUGAGCCAUAUCAGAGAAGAAUUGCAGGUUCAAGUAUUGUGAAUUGUGUAUAGGAUACCAGGACUGUACUCCAUUGCAAAUAAUUUCACUGCUCAAAGAGUACUAGAGUGCCUCGUAAGUACUCCCAGCGUUCCUUUGAGGUGCUCGUUGCAUUCUGUAGUAUUAUGUCUGGGCAAAUUUGUCUUAUCAGACUGGUAUGGUGGUGCAUUAAUGUUGUAAAUUUAUUAUAGAAGCGUGUGGUCUAAAGAAUAAUAUUUAAUUGAAAGUAAAAUGCUGCAGGAUUAUUGCCGUUGGUCGUACGAGUAGGGUCAUUAAAUACGGUGGUAGUCACUCGACAGAAUUGUGUAGUGAGCAAUUCUUGAGUUCGGCAGAAUGUGAUAGGUAAAUACAUGACACAUCUUUUAAUGUGAAUUCUUUUACAUACAGUUUUUUGUAAAGAAUACAUUAUUAUGAAUCCUUUAUUGCACUACCCCCUUUUAUAACAAAUUUUAGGUUACUUAAGCUGUCAAAUAUAGUGUAUAAUUGUCAUAUGCAGAUUCCCUGGCGUUAGAGAAGUUUUAAUUUAGUGCUGAGGGGAACGUUUGCAUUGAUACAAUUUUCAUCUGCCUAAAUUACCUGUGUCUUUUGAGGGAAAAUAUCAGUGGAAAGUGUUACGGUCUUGUCCUUUGUUACGUACAAACAUUUUAAGGAAUUCCAUAGUUUUAUGUGAAGGGUUAUUGUUUGCUCUUAAAAGUUUGAGAUUUGAAAUGCUAGUGCAUAUUUUCAUGACCUCGGUGUUCAGCUUUUUCUUGAAGGCGCUGUAUAACAUCGCUGAAUUCCUGUGCGUGGAUCAUCCCCCCAGUCUGUGAUGUGGCUUCCAGUUUAAUCGCGUAAAGUUAGUUUUGCACAGUUGAAUGCUGUUUGUGUAUAUGAUGUAUGAAACAGUCGCUGUACAUUAUUAUAUAAACAAAUAUAUUGUUAGGUAAUGAAAAUCACUAGUUUGUAUGAAACUUAGCGGAGUCGCUGUUUAGUGGCUGACUUUUUGCUGAGAAGUGCUUUUAAUUACAUAGUUCCAAAAUACCUGAUUGCAGUUUAAAGUCUAUGGCUUGGUACAUUAUAAUCACGAUAAAGCAACUUCGGCCUUCUGUUGUGUGUGCCGAUAAACGGCUCAGCUGGUUACGUGCCAUAAUUGUAGGGAUAAAGCUGUUUAAUGUCAGUUGCAUUAGGAUCUUUUAAAAUCAAAUAAAAAUUAUUUUGUGCAAUUUAGAAAGGCUUUUAAAAUUUGAAAAUGUGCGUGGUGUAUUAAUUACACCACCAUUUUGUUAAGGGUGUAAGUGUAUGACUUGAGGUCAUUGUGCACUUGUCAAAUUUUUGUUUGUAUACAGUAUAUGAUGCCAGUUGAUGUAUUUUGAUACUAUGUAUCAUAAUGUCCGUAACUUGGGCUCAUUAUAUUAAGUUUGCAAUGUAAAUGCACCAACAGAUUAUUGACUGAGUGAUCCCAAGGACUAGAAUUUCCUGAUAAAAAUUCAUGAGAAUAAAAAUGUGCUUUUAUAUUUGGGUAUAAUCUUGCAGGAUGUUAAAUUCAAAGAGAUAUAUAUAUAUAUAUGAAGAAAUGAAUAUAAAUAUAUUUAAAAUAGUAAAUAUGUUCUAUGAUUACGCACAUAAUUCUUAUAAUGAUGUAUUAUUGUUGCAACAGAAGCAAUAUAAUUAUUGGAAUUGUUGAUUAUCUACAUUUUAUGCUUCCGUAAAACAGUUCACUAUCGUGAAAGUUUCUUGUGAAUAUUUUUUCACAUGAAUGUGUAAAUAUGUGAAACUGUAACAGUAUUUAUAUUUUGUGUAGGCAUCAGUCAAUGUGACAGUCUGCAGUGAUAAUUGUACAAAAUAUGAACACAUUGUGGUAUUAACAUGUUUUGCACAUUCACAAAUAUUUUUUUGAACAGUUACAGGUAUUCAUACAUUUUUACUUCAAAAUUGGAUCACUAAGGCAAUGAACGAGGCCAAUAUGCAUAACUGUAAACAAAUGUGUGACAAAGGAAGUGGAUUUUUUAGAAACUUGUUUUGUGAAACUUGAGUGCUGAGUCCAGUUUCUAUACAUGUAAAAGUGUUGAAAUAUUUUGAUUAAUCCAGGAGACUUAAUUGAAUAGUUUUAGUACAAAUAUAGUUGAAUCAUUUAAUAUACAAAUACUCUUGCAGUUGAAUACAAAUAGUGGCAGUAUCCUACAGAAAUUUGUAAAUAAAUAUGUGGAAGAAGUACAUAAUGACCAAGAAUAAAACCUUAUAGGUCCUAAGUAAAAUAAAUAUUGUUACACUUUGUUG